CACAGAGAAAAGGGAGAAAAUAGAGAACAUGGCGGCGCUGUGGUUCUUCAGAGGCGGCGUAGCGGCGGUGCUGGCGGUGGUUUUUUGUUUCAUGCUGCCGCCGCCGGUGGAAUGCCUCGUCCGCCAUUACAAAUUUAAUGUGGUGAUGAGGAAGGUUACGAGACUUUGUUCGAGUAAGCCUAUAGUUACUAUUAAUGGAAAGUUUCCAGGUCCCACUAUUUAUGCUAGAGAAGACGACACCGUUUUGAUUAAAGUCGUCAACCACGUCCCAUAUAACGUUAGCAUCCAUUGGCAUGGCAUUCGACAGCUAAGGACAGGAUGGGCCGAUGGGCCGGCCUAUAUAACACAGUGCCCGAUUCAAACAGGGCAAAGCUAUGUUUACAACUUCACCAUCACCGGCCAGAGAGGCACUCUUUUCUGGCACGCCCAUAUUCUUUGGCUCAGAGCCACUCUCUAUGGCGCCAUGGUCAUUUUGCCCAAAGUUGGAGUUCCUUAUCCAUUUCCCACGCCCCAUAAGGAGUUGGUUCUUAUAUUGGGUGAGUGGUGGAAGUCUGAUAUUGAAGCUAUUGUUAAUGAGGCUGCUAAGUCUGGUUUGGCUCCUAAUGUCUCUGAUGCUCACACCAUCAAUGGCCAUCCUGGGCCUGUCCUUGGUUGCCUCACUCGAGGAUUCAGUAUGCCAGUACAAUCUGGUAAGACAUAUUUGUUGCGAAUCAUCAAUGCUGCACUGAAUGAAGAACUUUUCUUCAAGGUUGCUGGCCACGAACUCACCGUUGUCGAAGUCGAUGCUGCAUACACAAAACCUUUCAACACUGACACAAUUGUCAUAGCACCCGGCCAGACCACAAAUGCCCUUUUGACUGCCGACCUUGAAAGUGGCAAGUAUGCUAUUUCAGCAUCACCUUUCAUGGACACCCCCAUUGUUGCUGUUGAUAAUGUGACUGCCACUGCUACUUUACACUACUCGGGCACACUUUCUACUGCCCCUACCAGCUUCACUGGCCUGCCUCCUCAAAAUGCCACUCCAAUUGCAACAAAGUUCACAAACUUACUUAGGAGCUUGAACUCAAAACGAUACCCUGCGAGAGUACCAUUAGAAGUCGAUCAUUCCUUGUUUUUCACAGUUGGCCUUGGCGUUAACCCUUGCAAAGCUUGCUCGAGUGGAAACCAGGUGGUGGCAGAUAUAAACAAUGUGACAUUUGUUAUGCCAACCAUUUCACUCCUUCAAGCCCAUUACUUCAAUAUAGAUGGUGUUUUUACUGAUGAUUUUCCUGCAAAUCCACCAAUAAGAUACGACUAUACAGGGAAGCAGCCAAGCAACUUGCAGACGACGAAUGGGACUAGGCUAUAUAGAUUGGCCUACAACUCUACGGUUCAAUUAGUUUUACAAGACACUGCAAUGAUAGCUCCAGAGAAUCAUCCAGUUCAUCUUCAUGGAUUCAACUUCUUUGUCGUUGGAAGUGGCUUAGGAAACUUCAAUCCCAAGAAAGAUCCCAAGAAGUUCAAUCUUGUUGACCCUGUGGAGAGGAACACAAUUGGAGUUCCUUCUGGUGGAUGGGUUGCUAUCAGAUUCAGAGCUGAUAAUCCGGGGAUAUGGUUUAUGCAUUGUCAUUUGGAAGUGCACACCACAUGGGGGCUGAAGAUGGCAUUUCUAGUGGACAAUGGCAGAGGGCCAGAAGAGUCUCUUUUUCCUCCUCCAAAUGACCUUCCCAAAUGUUAGGUAAGCCCCAUGAAGUUGAUAAAAUGUAAAUGCCAAAAAAAAAAAAAAAAGAAAAAAAAAAGGUCUGAAGUACUAUUGGAAUUGGAAAUGCCCUAGAAGGCCAACAGUGCUUUUGAGCAAACAGAAAGCUGCUGCUUAUUUCUAUAUGAUACCAGAUUGAGAUUCUUGUUUAUUUUGCUUGCGGGUUAUUCAAUUGUGAAUGACUAAUGAGUCUGCUUCAAUGGAGAGCAUUUUUUUUUCUUUUUUUAUUUGCUUGGUAGGGGGAAUUUAAAUUUAUAGACUAUUGAUUGCUGUAUAAAAUUCAAUUAAACAAA